GCAACGUAUCCGUACUGACAUAGUUUUUACGUCUCUUUUGUCUCAGCCUAGAGGAGUAAGGUCGUUACUCGGCCCAUCGACCCGUGUGUCGUGCUGCAACUUUCUGCAUAGCAAGACUGUAAAUAUAGCUGGCUGAUGUGCCGUCCUUUCCCAUCCGUCUCUCCUGCUGUCAACCUCUCACCUACCACAACUUUGAAAUUGUCGAUAACCAACUGUCCAAAUUAUACUGCAAUGGCAUCUAACAUCACAUGGCAUCCCUCUCUCUCGCGCAAUGAGCGAAACCAUCUUCGCGGUCAACGUGGCUUCACCAUGUGGCUGACCGGCCUCUCCGCCUCUGGCAAGUCUACAGUUGCCACCGCUCUGGAGCAGCAUCUGCUGCAUCUGGGAGUUGCUGCCUACCGUCUGGAUGGCGACAAUGUCCGCUUUGGCCUCAACAAGGACCUCGGGUUCUCCGAGAAGGACCGCAAUGAGAAUAUCCGGCGCAUAGCAGAGGUUGCCAAGCUAUUUGCCGAUUCUUCAAUGGUCGCUAUUACCUCCUUUAUCUCUCCCUACCGCGCCGACCGCCAAUUAGCGCGCGAGCUGCACUCCCAGGCCGGCCAGAACAACGACGAUGCUAUCCCCUUCAUUGAGAUAUUUGUCGACGUUCCCCUCGAGAUUGCCGAGCAGCGCGACCCGAAGGGACUUUACAAAAAGGCAAGAGCCGGAGAAAUCAAGGACUUCACUGGAAUUUCUGCCCCUUACGAGGAGCCUCUGGACCCCGAGAUCACUAUCAGAACCGACAAAUCCAGUGUUGAGGAGUGCGUGGCACAGAUUGCCAACUGGUUGAUCAAGGAAGGUCUUAUUUCCACGAGAAAAACAGCAUAAGAUAUACCCAAAGUGUUUCAAUCGCCUCCUAUCCCUUGUACUCCCAUGACUAGAAACUGUUGAAGUAGUAACACCCAGAGCUCUUCUAUCUAUGGUUCCAUUGUCCCCCAAAUCCAUCCGUUGGAUUCUCAAUGCAUACAUACAGGUCUGAGGGGGUGGCUGCUUGUGUCCCUAGUCUCACCACGAGAUUCUGUGCUCAGGGAAAGUCG